UUUCAAGCAAGGACAAGUCUGUGAAACCAGGUACCAACUCACAGUGUCGCAAAAGACAUAAAGGAGAAAAUUUUCACGUAGAAAAGCUGAAGUACCCGUUAGGAGAUCGAUAAACGAAACAUAAUUGGGGAGCGAGAAGGAUUAGAUCAAAAUAACCCAAAGGAUCAACCAGAAGCUGGUACAAAAGUUCUUUUUAAAUCGAAAUUGGUGAAUCAACAAGAUUACAGUGACCAAGUGGAUGGUAUAGAUGGUUUGAAUAGAGCUCAAAACGCGCCGGAUUCGCAAUCCAAGAAACUGUAUUUUGGAACGGCGUACCAGAACAAAGAGUUUGAUUUUUCAGAAACCAUCGCAGCGGUAUCAGGCCUCAAUGUACCGGAGCUUGUUCGUAAAGCUGAAGAUGGUGACCUCCUUUUAGAUGAAGAAUGUUUGAAAAAACUGAAAGAACGGUUUCUAUCAAUGCCAAGGUUAUACAAGAGACAAUUUUACCUCUGUGGUGAACGGUACCUCAUCCCUGAACAAAUGACAAACUGGAGGGAAGAAUGCAAAAAAUCUGGAAAAGAACACUUUGAGCUUCUACCCGGAGAUAAUGUGUUGAACAGUAAAGUUUCUUUAAUACACGGUGAUAUCAUAACCCUGGAAGUAGAUGCUGUCGUCAAUACAGUACCCGGUAUCAUGUCAGAAUGGCGCCAAGGAGUUUCAAAGGGGAUACAUAGAGCAGCAACCAGUUUAAUAAAUUACGAACUAGAAUCAAUUUCUAUUGUACGUACAGGAGAAGUGGCUGUAACAGCAGGAUAUUUGCUUCCAGCUAAAUAUGUAUUUCAUACUGUCGGUCCGUCGGGUGGGGAUGGUGAUAUUCAAGAAAUGCUGAGACGUUGCUAUAGAAACUGUUUAGACAAGAUGGUGGAGAUGGAAUUACGUACAUUGGCAUUUUGCUGUAUUUCUACGGGAGCAAAGAAAAUCGACUUAAAUCAUGCCGCAAGGAUUGCAUUGACAACAGUUAAACAAUGGCUACAGGUCAACAUGCAUAAAGUUGAUAAAAUCGUUUUUUGUGUGUACGACAUCGGUAAUUGGGCGUGCUACCAGCGGUUAAUGCCGGCAGUGUUCCUACCUGGAAACGAGGAAAAUUCAUCUGAUUCCGCUGGACAGGACAGUUUGAUCCCUGUGGAAAUCCUAAGAAUGGAUAAGCACUCAAUAGAAUUAUACAAACGAGCAUUAAGUGAGGGCAAAGAAGCUGUUUACAAUAUUCGAGUUAUGGUUGUCGGCCAUUACGGUGUUGGCAAGACAACGCUAACAAAGCGUCUAUUUGAUGAAGAUGUGGAUAUAAACAAACGAGAGAGUACAAAUGGUAUUGACGUACACGUGAAAAGAUGCAAGGUGUCCCUGAAAACUGGACAAUGGAACACAAUAGCUAAAGAUCAGAAAGUUGACACAGUCUGUCAUCGGCUGGUUAAUUUGUUGAAAAUGCCACUGAAUACGGAUCAGAAAGUUGAUGUAACGGAUAACGAGAGUACAGUAGGAGACAUUAUUGAAGAGUUUGAUGAUGUAGAUGGUAUUGCAUCAAUGGAGAGCAUCAGUGAAGAUUUGACAGAAAUGAAUAAAGAGACAGAACCAAAGCCUAAAAUAACUUUGCCACCACUAGAAGUAGAAAACGUCACCGAUGUGAACUUCUCAACACUACAAGACGCCAAAGAAGAAAAUAUACUGUAUCACUUGAAGGACUUGAUAGAAGACCUUCAACAUUCAGGGUCUGCAGACGAUUCCAACAUGGCGGAUGUCUCGUUUUGGGAUUUUGCGGGACAAUAUGUAUUUUAUGCCACUCACCAGGUGUUCUUGUCAAGGAGAGCGGUGUAUUUGUUAGUCACAGAUAUAUCUAAACACGUGGAGGACACAGUUAAAGAUGAUGACUGUUUCUUAGAUAGCAAAGGUGUCAAACAUUGGAAAAUUUCAGAAUUUGUUGAUUUCUGGUUAAAUUCCAUCCACGAGUUUUGUGGUUCGUCGGAUGACGGGGGCCCACCGGUCCUGCUGGUUGGAACUUUUGCAGAUAAGAUAAAACAAGAAUCAAAACAAGAGACAAUAGACGAUUUUUUCUAUACAUUGAGGAGGUCGCUGGUUGACAAGGUAACCAGUAGUCAUCUUAUAGAGGAAGACUUUGCAAUUGAUAAUACUAUCAAAGACGGCAACAUAGAUUCACUGAAACAACAAAUUGUAAAAACUGCUUCGACACAACCAUAUUGGGGGGAGCUUAUUCCCGCGAAGUGGAUAACAUUGGAAAACAGCAUUUCCAGCCUGAAAAAUAAGGGUUCCAAGGUAAUUCUACAUAAAGACAUGCUGCGACGUUUGAACAACACAUUGCCUGUUCCCAUAGAAACAGAUGAUGAGCUGGAAUUGUUUUUAAGGUUUCAUCAUGAAUCUGGAACUAUUCUAUAUUACAGCGAUGAUAAGUUAAGUGACACAAUUGUCCUUGACCCGCAAUGGUUGAUAGACGCUUUCAAAAGCCUUAUUACCGCCAAAAUGUUCUGCUGCAGAAAACCGAAUAUAUUCAAGAAAUGGAUUCAGUUUGGGACCAGACCCUGCAAUUUUUUUGGGGCUAGAAGAACUUAUUUGGGUGAAGUGUAA